AUGACUGGCUUAAGCAAAUGCUAUGGUUUUGCUCUCUUCCAUAGUCUAGAGCAUGCUCAGAGUUUUAUCGAUCGGUUUUCCCCUAGUAUUCCUUGGAAGUAUCCUGAUGGUUCAGCUCCUGAAGGAUCCGAUUUCAUUAUCAAAGUGAAUUAUAGCCUUAAUAGAAAUAUCGUCAAAAAAAAUGAGCGAAACUCAAUGGAGACUCUCAAUAAUCAACUCACCAAAAACUUGCACACUGUCAAAACUGUCGAUACAGCUAAUGGAAAUAUUCUCAAAAACAAUCAGCGAAAAUCAAUGGAGACUCCCAAUAAUCAACUCACCAAAAACUUGCACAUUGUCAAAACUGUCGAUACAGCUAAUGGAAACAUCCUCAAAAACAAUGAGCCAAAAUCAAUGGAGACUCUCAAUGAUCAACUCACCAAAAACUUGCACACUGUCAAAACUGUCGAUACAGCUAAUGGAAAUAUCCUCAAAAACAAUCAGCGAAAAUCAAUGGAGACUCCCAAUAAUCAACUCACCAAAAACUUGCACAUUGUCAAAACUGUCGAUACAGCUAAUGGAAACAUCCUCAAAAACAAUGAGCCAAAAUCAAUGGAGACUCUCAAUAAUCAACUCACCAAAAACUUGCACACUGUCAAAAGUGUUGAUACAGCUAAUCCAAGUAUUUUCUGUUUCUUCUUCUGUGGUUGUCAUCCUGAUAUGAAGUGA